UGCACUGCACAGGGAGACGGUGGGUAUCUUUUCUCUUUCCCCUCUAUUUUAACUUCCUUUAUGGCUGUCCCCCUAUCACCAGCAUCCAGCUCAGGGUGUGGGAGGGGAUCCAUGUGCGCUCGUAUUCUUGCAAGAGCAACUAGAAGGAACCCUAGGACACAGUUGCAGUAGUAGUUGUUUUCUCUAAGGGGGCCCUGAAAUAGCAUGGACCGUAUGUACUAAGGGCCCCCAGGCCAACAAACUGAAUCAAAGACGCAAGCACAAACCGCACUAUGGUGGCUGAGGAGGUUAUCAUCACCCUAUCUGGAGGUGCACCAUGGGGCUUCAGACUACAGGGAGGAAUCGAGCACCAGAAGCCUCUGCAGGUUGCCAAGGUGCGCAAGCGAAGUAAAGCAUGUCGUGCCGGACUGCGUGAGGGAGAUGAGCUGGUGUCCAUCAAUGAGAAUUCCUGUGGGAGUCUGUCGCAUGCCCAGGCCAUGAACCUGAUCGACAGCAUACCAGGAACGCUACACAUCCGGGUUAGGAGGGCACCGGCUGGCUUCCAGUCGGUGGUUCUGGUUGCUCGAGCUCCUUCUCCCCGCAUUGAUAAAGAGUACCGUGCUGCCAUUAGGGCCAUGUCUCCAUCCAGCUCCCAACCUCACCAGUCCAGUGUGCGGCAGAUCCACCGUGGAUCCCUGAUGUCCCCGACCGGACACAGUGGAUUGACCUCCCCACCGGGCAGUGAGGCCUACUACGGAGAAACAGACAGCGAUGCAGACGUGGCUGCUCAUGAGAGGCAACGCAAACCAAAACGACGUAGUCCCAGCAAUUCACCUGGUAAGGCAGGUCGAGCCUCACCGGAGGGAGCAGAGACUUCAGAAAUGAGUGGGUAUGACAGUGCCUCGGAUGCCCAAGUUUACAAUCUUUUGGGGCCUAAAGAAAGAGAAGAUGCAUUGCCUGGUGUAGCCCGCAGAGAAGUUAUUUACCAACCCCCUCCGCAUGGAGCCUGGUCCUCUCAGACCUCCACCGAUACAUCCAUGAGCGCGGAUGACCAAAACCCACGAGAAGGGCUAAUGGAAGAGGACAGUUGGUUCCAGGAGCCCACACAUGUUCCCCCUCUGGUUUCUCCAGAGAGAGCCAAAGAAGCUCUUAUGCUGAGCUCUCGUACUCAGUUGGUGCCCAUGGUUGGGCCAGUUGACAAUCCAGUGGAUGAGGAACUCACAUUAACAUACAUGGAUAAAGCAAAACAAGCAAAAUUGAACCGUGGAGAUACGAUCACGGACAAACAGGUGAAAGAAGCUCGGUCCAAGUGCCGCACCAUCGCCUCACUACUGACAGAUGCACCUAACCCUCAUUCAAAGGGUGUUUUGAUGUUUAAAAAGCGCCGACAACGCUCCAAGAAAUACACACUGACCAGCUUUGGAAGUGUUGAUGAGGACAUGAGGCAGGACUCUCAAGAAGAGGAUGGCAUAUUUCCUGGCAGUGAAUCAGAAUUUGAUGAGGAAGGUUUCUCUGCUGCACCCGACCCCACAUGGGACAGUGACUACCUUGAGAUGCUGGAGAAAAGAUCUGCUUCCAGAGGUCAGGAAGGAGAAGGUGGUGCUCUCAGUCCUGGUCUGAGUGAUACAUCUGGGAAGGGGGCACAGUUGUUUGAGCAGCAACGGAGAAGGGCUGAGGAACAUGCAAAGAAAAUGGAAGCUGCGCAAGAACAGUUACAAAGCCAAAUGCUGGGAAUUGCACUGAAAGAGACACCAGCACCUCCUCAACUACAGACACUGCAACCACAACCAGACCCAUUGACAAAGCCUAAUGUCCAGCCACCACCAGUUGCUCCGAAACCUGCCAGACCUUCAAAAACUCUACAUCAUGAGGUUCCACCAGCAGAGAUGCAAAACAUGACACAGAUGGCCACACAUCAAGCCACUUCCACUGUCCAUGUUAUGGUUAAUGGAGAUACUUCAAACACAAUGGCACCAGCCCCCGCUGCGUUGCCCAUAACUAGUCUCUCAGUACCUUCUGCAGAACCUGUGAUGCCUCCACAACCAGUUCCUCUACCAGAACUUCCUUCCAGUUCUGUGUUAAACAGAACUGCCCGACCUUUUGCCCCAGGCUGUGUUACCAAUCGGGCAGCCACUGCUCCUGUUGUGUUUCGCCCUACAGUCAGUAAGAAGACACCCAGACCUGUUUCAGUGGCUGUGGUUGCACAUCCAUUCUCUGCACCAUCAGAAGAGCAUGCCAUGAGUGUUAUCCCGGCCUCCUUUGUUAGCCAAGUCACAAUGAGUCGAAUGAGUGCCGAUGUCCCUCCUGAAAUGAUACCCACACAGCCCUUUAUGCCUGGAAAGUCUAUUCCUCCACUUGUAUCUGUGGAAUCAUAUUCUCAACCUAGUCUUCACUGCUCCUCAGUGGAAAACUUCCAGGUUGCAUCAGUGCCACCUCCCAUAGUUCAAACCCAAGGUCCUACCUGUCCUGUAGAAGCCGAAACAACUGUUCCUCCAGCAAUCCCUGUUGACAACACAGGGACCGCUGUGGCUCCCGUUAUGGCUCCUGUUACACCUCAGGCCAUUGCAAUACCAUCCCAAACCUCUUCUAUUUUGACCUCUGCAGCUUCUGAGACAUCUUUAACUGGAACUCCGAUGUCACCUGUAGUCUAUCGUGAAAAAUCCUCUGCCACCACUGGCCGCACUGGUAUUCUCCAAGAGGCCCGCCGACGUAGUGCCUACAAGCCAAUGUUUAAGAUACCUGACAGCAAGAAAAACUCACCAAACCCUGAAUUAUUGUCUAUGGUGCAGAACCUAGAUGAAAGACCCAGACGUGGAUAUUAUGAACUGGAAAAUAUUACUCACAACAUUGAUGACAAUACGGCAAGGGUGCCACCGCCUGUGGCUCCUAAGCCAAGGGUCAUCCAAGAAAUGUCACAGAUCCCUCAGGCGGAGGGAAAAGGUGCAGAGCUGUUUGCUCGUAGGCAGUAUCGCAAGGAUUUGUUUGUUGUAGACUCUCCACAUCUGCAGCCUGCACCGCUACAACCCCAACAAUCCCAUUCUGUCAUAGACUUGAUCGAACCACAAAAAACCUCACCAACCCCAUCCCACUGGAAGUAUUCCCCUAACGUUCGUGCUCCUCCCCCGAUAGGUUACAACCCCUUGCUGUCUCCAUCCUGUCCUGUUGGGGUGCAGCGUGGGGGUGCCAAAGUGUCUGAGGGAAGUUCUAAAGGAAGUAAGGGUAGUUAUGGUGUCCCAAAAGAAGGUAUCAAAGCCUUGGACUUUAUGAGGAGGCAGCCUUACCAACUGAACCCUGCAAUGUUCAGUUUUGGUGGUGGCACUAGCACACCGUCUUCAGUGUCCUCCUACCAGAGGCAACAAAGGGAAGGUCACACUCUGACACCACCCAAGCAGAUCCCAGUAAAGGCGGCACGUGUGUAUGAAAUCAAACGAUUCUCCACUCCCACCCCAAUGUCAGCAGCAACUCUCAACCCCACAGUGAUUGUACCACGCUCACGGACCACACUUGGUGAGCACAUCUCUCGUUCUGACAUGACGUCCCCUCUACCUGAACCUGUACCCGAACCAACUCCGGCACCUUCACGAGCCCCAGGCCUCCCAGAGCUCCCUAAAAUUUCAGCUGUGCCCAUACCUCACCCCAUGCCAUACUCACCCCCAGCUCCCAUGUCAAGUAUGUCAAGCCUAAGCUACUCUGGGCUUCAAGCUGCCAAACAGUUUAAGAGUGCCCCUGAGUUAAGUUCCCUACCACCAGACCCCUUAAAGUCUCCUAUCCAAGUUCCCAAACCCCGUUUUAUUGCAACACGUGUGGGUAUUCAGCCACGCGUCUGGAGGCCUGGAACCCUUCCUCACUGAUGAUGUUACUUUACAUGUGGAAGAAGCUAAACCAUCUGCUUCUGUUGCAGUCUCAAAAUUCAUACUUUUCAAAUAUGAUUUAAUAUAACUUGAAGAUGUUAGAAAUUAUAUUCUCCAUUUCAGAUGAAAAUAUACUGUGGAGUAUAUUUGUUGUUUUGUUUUGAGUGUUUUUCAAAACUUAGAUGAAAAAUCCUGAAUUUCUGCUAAAUGUUCAACAAUAUGUUUAAAACCUUCAGUGUUGUUAACAUGAAAUCUAUUUACUUAAUGCAUGUUCCUGUUCUUGUGAAAAAUGUAUAUAUGCUAUUCCAAAGAGAAACAUUGUUUGGCUUUGUAAACAUCAAUCAAAGUGUAGCUUGCACUUCCUCUGAAAUGGCUCUGCCUUUUUCACUUCGAUGAUGUUAACCAAUAGCCAAAUAGCUACUUGGGCAUUGUUUUAGCAAACUUACAUUUGGUCUGGCUCUCUAGUGGUGCAGAAUGCCCAGUUUUUUUUAAUCCAGUCAGUUCCUAAUGGAUAACAUCAAGAUGUAUCAUACAUUGUUUUUUUUUUCCUUUAUUACAUGUCUUGUUUCAUCCAUACAUCAGAAUCAGAGCGAGCUUUCAUUCGCCAAGUGUGCACAAACACACAAUGAGUCACAUUACGGCAGUUAAAAAGAGUUGCAAAUGCCAAUUCACGUUCACAUGUCAAUUCACGUGUUCCCGAUUUUAUAGGGAUAAG